AUGCAAGGCGCGCUGAUCGGGGCCGUGCUGGGCCCGUGCAUCACGUGGUACUCAAUUCGAAACAUGAGUACCGUGGCGCUGUAUGAUAAAUGCUACAAGUUGAGAUUCGACAACCAACAACUCUGGCUCGACCGGACAACUGUGAUUUCGGGCGCUGUCGGUGCGCUGUCGAACGGAAGUCUCGGCUUCAUCGUCGGCCUCGACCUCGCCCUUGUCAUGAGCAACCUGAUGGGCCGUGCCUGG